GGCAUUUUCUACUCGACUCUACUCUACUACAAAACUAGGUGUUUCCCACCUACAUAGAUCAGUAUCAAUACUAACCCAAUCUACACUACACUACUCAGCUAAGAUGGAAGAAAACAGAGUCCCGAUGACAAUCAGAGAUUUCUUCUUUGAUGAUCCAUUCUUUAAAUCCUCUUGGGAUGAUUUUGACAAAGUUCGUGAAAAGAUGUUUAUGGAAUCCAGGGAGCAAUGGAAGAAGUUUGAUCAAGAUUUCAGACAGAUGGCCUGUAUGUCCAACAAUAUCAUGAUAGACUCAGAUACUAACACGGAGACACAAACCAAGACCCCGGAGAAAGGGUUGCAAAGACAGAACUCUCUUGCAAAAUGGGAACAGGGUUGGAUGUUUCCAAGAAGAUGGAUGUUACCCAGCUUAAAGAGUGAGUUCGGAGAUAUGAAUCUGUUCAAUGAGAAGGAUAUGGAGGUGAUAAGAGUAAAGAAUGAUGAUACAAAGAUGGAGAUUAGUCUGGAUACAUCUCAAUAUAGACCUGAUGAACUCAAGGUUAGUGUCUCAGGUGGAAGUAUUACUGUAGAAGGAAAACAUGAAGAGAAAGCUGAGGAUGGAACAAAGAUGGUUUCAAGACAGUUUGUACGCAAGUAUUCACUCCCUCCUGGAGCUAAACCUGGAGAUGUAAACUCUAACCUAUCCUCAGAUGGAGUUCUAGUUAUCACAGCUAACAAAUCCAACCCAGCUAUUGAUGUCAAAAUCAACCAAAAAUAAGUUAUUACAUCAAUACUUUUGUAUUACUUAUGAUCAAAUUAACAAUGUAACAAAUUCAAGAUAAAUAAAAAAACUUUAUUAA